AUGCAUACUACUAGUUGGUGUUUAGGACAAAAUCAAGAUCCACAUUGUAUGCAAGUGGCAACCCAACCAAUGAUGACCGAUUACAGUUCAAUACAUGCAGGAAUAGUAGUCGAUACUGUUUCACAUGCACCAAAUGCACUCUUUAAAUUUGCAAAUGACACUGGAUUUGCCGAGUGGCUAGAAAACAGAAAGUAUGUAGAGAAGUUUCUUGAUUCCUAUGGAUUAUUAGGUAACCAAACUAUUAUGAAUAAGAUUUAUCCAUCAAAUUCCGGUCCAACUGCUUCUUAUGGUGAAUUAAUAGCAGAGAAUAUAAUGGGACCAAAUUUAAUGGAUCCACUUCACUCUGCAUUGUUGAUGCUCUAUGUGGUGUUUGGUGGUGUUGUACCAGAGGGUGAUGCCUAUAUGACAGAUUUGUUGACUGAACAAACAUUUUCAGAUGCCACCUCUUUUGGAUUUGGAUUGCCACCAGGAUCUGUACUUCACUCGGUUCUCGGUACAAGUUCAACCGAUGUCAAUGAGAUUGCACAUGUCAUUCUACCCAAUGGAAGAGAAUUGAUUAUGUCAGCGUUCACCGAUGGCUAUCAAAAUUUCGGAAAUCCACCAUACCAAUCUUCGAUUCUAGGUAUUUUCGCAGAGAAUCUUAUUCUCGGUCUGAAUUUAACCACUGGUAAUCCGACACGUAUCAUCAUGGACACUGCUCAAGCAACGGUAUCACCAACCGGUGGUUGGAAAACAGGCCAAUCGAUACAGGCAUACAAUAACACCUAUCUUUAUAUGGCCGGUGGAAACAUUACACCGUACAGUGUUGUCUGGACGAUUCCUAUCAACACCACCGGUCUCUAUGAGGUGUGUGUAUGGUUCCCAGCCGCUCUAAAUCAAACCAACGUCGCAAUCUACACAGUGGCAACACAAUCCAAUGACAAUAGACAAUAUGUAAUUAAUCAACAACACUAUGGAGCACGUUGGAUUCUCUUGGAUUCAUUCUAUUUCGUCAAGGGUAGUAAUCCAAUGGUACACAUCUCCAAUACCAACAUUCCUGCCGGUCAAAUUGUUGUAGCCGACACCAUUAAAGUCACAAUGUGGCCAACCACCGAUAACAUUCCAGGAUUGGCACCAAGCUAUGUAAAUGAAAACUAUAACUAUGCAUACAAUUAA